UUCGCGCAACAUCGGUUAGCUGUCUGACGUAAACCCGAUCUAUCUACCUAGUUGAAAUAUACCUAUAGAAAAUGCCAGGCAGGUGAAAAUAACUCGGGUUAUUUUUUUUUUCGAAACAAAGAUGAGCCAGAGACGUAAUUAUGGGUAAGGGACUUAUUUGGGGGUUAAAAAUUCUGUGACAGGUGUAUAGUAAGGGUGAAGAAAAAAAUGGUAAAAUUUGGGAAAACGGGUGAAAAUGUUCGUCAGGAUAGGCGCGAGUUAUUGAAAAGUUUAAAAGACAUUGAUUUGAACCAUUUCGGCAAAAAUAAUAACGACAAUGCUGCAUUCCAACACGUUAGAGAGACCUUCGAAGACUUAGACAGUAAAAGCGGAAUUAAUGAGACUGACUUAAUAUUCCUAAGAGGACUUAUGGACAGUCCCGUCCUUAAAAAUCUGGUUAAGGUACAAGAUCGUCUAGAGGACCGUCCCCCAACUCUAUCCCCACCAGAAAAUUCAAAUAGCCAGGAACUGUCCAAAGAUAUCCACAUCAGAUGUACAAGGUGUUGGAAUAGGGAAGCUCGAGAGUUAGCAGACACCCUAAACAGACCUCACUUUAGGGCUUUGUUAGACGCUCACGAUAAGGUGGCGGACAUCAUCAGGAACCCCCAACCAAUCAGAAAGACUGAGCCGCCCAAAUUAUUCCCCAACGGGAUGAACAACGACCCUAUCAGGAUGGUUGGAGUUAGAAAAAAGGCAGGAGAGCCCCUAGGACUCACCGUCCAAAUUGAUGACAACGAAAAUCUCGUCAUAGCCAGAAUCCUAGAAGGAGGUAUGAUCGAAAAACAAGGACUGCUUCACAUUGGAGACGUUAUCCUGGAAGUCAAUGGGAACGAAGUGAAAACUCCCGAAGAUCUACAAAUAGAAGUGGCCAAAAGUCGAGAUUCUGUGACACUGAAAGUGGGAAAUACACCAGCCACUGAAACUACCCAUGCGAAUAUUGUAUCCAAUGGUGUAAACGGUGUGACUAAAAAAUUAACAUGUUAUAUGAGGGCCCUUUUCGAAUACAACCCCGAAGAAGACAGUCUGCUGCCCUGUAAGGAAAUAGGGCUUCCCUUCGAUAGGGGGGACAUAUUACAGAUUGUGGAUCAAAGGGACCCCAAUUGGUGGCAGGCCAAAAAAGUGGGCGGUGAAAACAGGACCGGACUUAUUCCUUCACUGGAAUUGGAAGAGAGACGGAAAGCCUAUGUCCCCCCAGAGGCGGACUUUGUCCAUAAAAUUAGUAUAUGCGGUGCUAGAAUAGCUAGAAAAAAGAAGAAAAUUAUCUACCAGUCCAAAAGCAACUGUGAUUUCGACAAGGCGGAGCUACUUUUGUACGAAGAAGUAACAAAAAUGCCCCCGUUUAAACGGAAAACUUUGGUGCUUAUAGGAACUCAGGGAGUUGGUAGACGCACUCUGAAGAAUAGACUUAUAAAUAGCGAUCCCGAAAAAUUUGCAGGAGUUAUACCAUACACGUCAAGACCUCAAAGAGUGUUAGAAGAAAAUGGUCAAACCUACUGGUUUAUUGAUAGGGAAGAAAUGGAAGAAGAAAUAAAAAAUAACAAAUUUCUAGAGUAUGGAGAAUAUAAUGGACACUUGUACGGAACCCAUUUGGAUUCUAUUAGAGAUGUUAUCAAGCAGGGAAAAAUGUGUAUAUUGGACUGCAGUCCAAUGUCGCUAAAAAUCCUUCACAACAGUUCGGAAUUUUUGCCUUACGUCAUUUUCAUAGCCUCGCCUGGUAUGGAACAACUGAAGACCCUGUAUGAUGUUUCGAGAAGCAAUUCCAACUUGAGAUACUCUAGCAGGAAUCUAACGUUUGACCGUCAAAGUUCCAUUCGAUACAGUUCGAGAAGGGCGAGAACACUGGAAUCCUUGGCAUCAUUAUACGAGGAAGAAGAUUUGAUGAGGACAUUGGAAGACAGCGCCAGUAUGCAGAGAACUUAUGACAAAUAUAUCGACCAAACCAUCACAAAUAAUGAUUUUGACAUCACGUUUAGACAGAUAAUUGAAGCACUGGAAGCACUGACAACUGAACACCAAUGGGUGCCAGUCAACUGGAUAUAUUAGCUGCCUUAUGUGGUUACUCAUUUAAUCAUACUGCCAUAAGUUAUUUUUUUUAAUUACUUGAAUAAGAAUAUAAAUUAUUUGUUACCAAGAUACAGGAUGGUCCAAAUUUAUUACUAGGACGUUUUAGAUGUGUACAGGUAAACAAAUAUAGACUUAAAUGCUUAUUUGAGAA